AUGCUUCCAUUUGCUCAGAGCGUCCCCGGCUACACUUCGAGGUAUGCUGGGGCCGGCGAACGCGGACGGCGCCGCGAUGCGCGGUAUGAAAGAUACGACGUAGCAGAGAGGGCGCCCGCCUCCACAAUAUUUUUUUCCAAGCCGACGAAGCCUAAAGAGAAACUUACACUUGACUUCACUCCAUCAGCUCUGGCGGCUGAAAGUGGACUUCGCAGCGACAGCUUUGACGUACAUUUGGAAGAAGAGGCAUCAGAAUGUUUCCGUUUGUAUGAUAGAGAUGGAGAUGGGCUUGUCCUUGUUACCGAGGUAACGGCGAUGCUACGAAGUCUCGGUUUCGUGGUUCUUGUUGAGCAGCACAAAGUAUUCGAAGCGGAGAUGCGCCGGCUGAAGGUCACCUCAAUCAAUUUCGAAACAUUUUUAUCAAUCGCACGUAAAGGGUUUCCGAAAGCCGUAGAUCCAGUGGAAAUCCUUGCUGCGUUCAACUUGCUCGAUCGAGAGAAGAAGGGAAGCGUCAACACUGAAGAAUUGCAUCACCUAAUGACGACAGUUGGAGACCCGCUAAGUGAAGCAGAUUGGCAAAAGCUGCUCAUGAGGACUUUGACGACGCGAGAGAGCGCAGCACCGGUAUCCAUCAAAAGGAACACCUUCCUCACGUUAGUUUGCGAUCCAGUUGACGGCGAAAGCGAGUGGGCUGCGUCCGCACCGUUGCACCAAGCUCGGCGUAUGCAGCCGAAGUAA